GGCACAGCUGGGAGGAGGCUCAAUGGCAACCUUUCCUCCCUGACACGGCCUGUGGUGGGUGGGCAGCCCCUUCCCUGCUUUGAGAGAGAGGUGAACUGGGAGACACUCAGAGAAGCAAAGGGAAGAGAGGCAGCAACAGAAUGAGGUGGGGAGGGCAGGAGUGAAGGAGGGAGCUAAAUACAAAAAGAGAUAAAGAGUCUGAGAGAGAGACAGCUGCACAGGACCCGAGAGGGAGUGGGUAAGGCGGGUUGUCAGGUGGGUGGGGAGGCCCAGGAGGCCAAGGUCAGGUCAAGGCCUCCCAGCAGAAGACCAAGGCUGGGGACAGAGGACAGAGCUACCUUGACAUUGUCCACAAGGAGGCCCUGUGCAACAUAGGUAAAGGAGAAGUUAGAUGGGUAUGGGAAGUGCUGGCCCCGGGGGUGGAGACCAGAGGUUGCCUCCCUAGCCCUCUGAAGGAGCUGCCCCUGGGUCUCUGGACUACUCUACCCAGCUCUCCCUCUCCUGAGAGCCUGUCCUGCCCUGAUGGCUCUGCUUGUCUCACACCUUGGAGGAGAACAGGCCAUAGUCUGGGUCCUGCUGCUGCUUUCACUGCCAUCGGUGCCCCUGCAAGUUGGUAACUCCGCAGGAUGCAGCAAAGGAUCCCUCUAUGAGGUCUAUCAACCACAAAAACUCUCUGCUUCCAUCGGUGGCUCCAUUGAAAUCCCCUUCCACUUCUGUUACUCCUGGAAGUUGGCCAAGGAUCCCCAAGUGAGGCUGUUCUGGAGACGGAACCACUUCCAUGGAGAAUUUUUCUAUAAUACAAGCCCACUUUAUAUCCAUGAGGAUUUCAUGAACCGGCUCACCCUAAACUGGAAACAAAAUCAGACUUCUGGCUCCCUCAGAAUCCAGAACCUUCGGGCGGAGGAUCAGUCCGUGUACUUCUUCCGAGUCCAGCUGAACACGCAGAGUAAAUCCACAGAGAUGUGGCAGUCCAUCAAGGGGACCAUACUCACCAUCAGCCCUGCUGCCAAGAACACCACACAGAGUCCCACCAGUGUAGCCUCUAAAGCCACCACAGCUGGUCUCAACUUCACAGAAAGAAAGAGCUCAGAGCAUCAGUCCCUGAGUCUGGGAGCUACAGUGGGGGUGGCAGUGGCUGCUGCCAUUGCACUCAUAACCAUGACUGUGGGGCUGAUGGUCUUCUUUGGGUGGCAGAGAAAAAAAGCUAAUACACUUCUCGUCCUCUUGACCCAAUGCAGAGAACUUGCCCAAAGCAGUGAGGAGAACUAUGAAAAUACUGGGAAUAAAGGAAAACACAAAGAUGCCCAGCAGAACCCCAAGAAUGACAUUGUCUAUGCCUCCCUCACCCUCUCCAACUUGACCUCGCCAGGAGCACCUCCCUGCCACCCUUCCCAUGAGAGCCCCCAAGAAGAGACACUGUACACGGUUCUAAAGACCCAAUGAGUGGGGAUGAAUGAUCUUAAAGUCCAAUAGGAAUGACCACAGCUUCCAAUAAUAGCUAAGACCAGAGAUAGACAGCUCAGAAGUCAGCAAGUGUGAAGGGCAGAAAGGAAUGAAAAAGCCACCUACACCAGUUCCUUCAACUUGUGAGGUCUUGCCCAGAAAACUACGAUUAUCCACAAAACUUGUCUGAAUGCAUCUAAAGAGGAAACUGAUGUCAACUUCAACUUCUGCUUCUGCACUAAAAAUAAAGUCUAAUAGACAACUCA